CAUUGGUCCUGGAUUACUUUCAAUAUAACGCUUAGGCUCUGCAAAAUUUAAUUGUAGUGAAGAUUUCUGAGAGCCCUACUUCUUCUUACAACAGUUUUCCUGCCAUGGCUCCCACCGGUACUGUCAGCUUGAAGCUUCUGGUAGAGUCAACAGACCAGAGAGUUUUGUUUGCUGAAGCGGGUAAAGAUUUUGUUGAUUUUCUUUUCAGUAUUCUGUCUUUGCCUGUUGGCACUGUCACGGGGCUUCUCACUAAACAAGACAUGGUCGGGUGCCUUGGAAACCUUUACGUGAGCCUAGACAAUCUGAGUGAAACUUACAUGCAGCCAACAGCAAACAAAGACACCCUUUUGAAGCCUAUGGUUUCCAACUAUACCGCAAAUGUACCUCCCUUGUUGCCAAACUUGCAAUCGUCAACAUCCACCGUUAACUGUUAUAGGUGUGCCAAUACUUCCUAUAGUACCUGUCGAACCUAUAUUGCAAAUGAUUCGAAAUCCAUUUGCCCUAACUGCAAUUCUCUUAUGAGCCAAAAAGCAACCUUUGUUAAUCCACCAGAGAGAGCUGCAUCAUCCUCUGACGAGGGAGGUUAUGUCAAAGGGGUUGUUACUUAUAUGAUAAUGGAUGAUCUGGUAAUUAGGCCGAUGUCAACUAUUUCUUGUAUCACUUUACUCAACAAGUUCAGUGUCAAGGACGUAGGGGUUCUUGAAGAGAAAGUGAUUGAUUUUGGAAUGGAUGAGGGUGUGAAAUUGCUGAAGGCAUCUAUGCAGUCCAAGAGCGUGCUCACUGACGUGUUCCUUGGGAAGAAGGUGGGGCAAAGUGAGGUUACUAAUCCUCUUGCAGUUUACAUUCGUGAUCUAGGAAAUGCACGAAGGAUAGCCAACACCCCUGACAUCAUCAGCAAUUUAGGGGAUCUAUUCACUGAAGCUACAGAUUUAAGCUUGGAACUACAGUCUCUAUCCACGGCAGCCACAACCAAAGUAAGCUUGAAGCUUCUAGUAGACGUGAGAGGCCAAAGAGUUUUGUUUGCAGAAGCUGGCAAAGACUUCGUUGAUUUCCUCUUCAACAGAAUGUCAUUGCCUGUUGGCAUCGUUGUUAGACUUCUUAACAAGGAAGGCAUGGUGGGUUCCCUUGGAAAACUUUAUGAAAGCAUUGAAAAGUUGAGUGAUGUCUAUAUGCAACCAUUUCAGGACAAGGACGCCCUGUUGAAGUCUAAAGUUUUUACCUCUGCUGCAACAAGCUUGCCUCACUUGCUGCCUAAUAUUGAGUCAUUAAAAGAUUUAAAACAAAAAUGUUUUUACAGGUGUAUCAAUUACUGCUGCUCUUAUAUUGCAGAGGAACAGACCGCUACUUGUCCUCAGUGUAGAAACACAAUGAGUGGCCAGGUUCAAAUUCUUGCGACGGAGAAAAAAUCUUCUAUUACUUCUUUGUCUUCGUCUCUAACUUCGACUUCAUCAUCUGAAGGUGAGGGAGGAUUUGUGAAAGGGGUGGUUACAUACAUGGUCAUGGACGAUCUUAAAGUGAAGCCAAUGUCAACUAUUUCUAGUAUAGCUUUGCUUAACAGGUUCAAUGUCAAAGAUGUUGGGGCUCUUGAAGAGAAAACCGUCAAAAUAGGCAUGGAUGAGGCUGUGAAAUUGCUUAAGGCAUCGUUGCAGUCCAAGACUGUGCUUACUGAUGUCUUCUUUGGGAAGAAGGGAAAUGUCUUACAUCCCUUUUAGUAAUUUGUACCAGAUGUUAAAUGUUCUCUUUCUAUAUUCUAAUUUACUUGUUUGCUUUGAGUCAUUCUCAAGUAUGAUUUGGACUAAUCACAUAUUCUGAGUUUGUAAAGUGAUGAGUUAUAUAUAAUGUAAGGGAAAUUAUGGGUUUUUUC